UGUGUGAUGCUACAACCUCCUUAUAAAGGGACUCUCUCUCACGUUGUGGCUUGGAAAUUAGAGCACAUUGCCUAAAAUUGAGGUCUCCACACACACUCUCUCACACACGCCGAGCCACCGAGAGCCGCUGCCAUGAACUGGAUGAACGCUGAGGAGACUCUGCGCAGGGCCGAGACGCCUCUCUUCUGGGUCGGUGCAUUAACUGUGGCCUCCCUGGCGCUGUGGCUGCUCUACAGGCUGCUCUCAGGCUUUAGGAUCUGGGUCUUGGGAAACGGACAGCUGCUCUCUCCGAAGCUGGGCAAAUGGGCAGUUGUGACAGGAGCCACGGAUGGAAUCGGGAAAUCCUAUGCGGAGGAGCUGGCUCGUCGAGGAUUUGCCAUGAUGUUGAUCAGUCGCACACAGCACAAGCUGGAUGACGUGGCCAGGUCACUUGAGGAGCAGUUUAAAGUGGAGACCAGGACAAUUGCAGUUGACUUUGGCAAGACCGACAUCUAUUCCAAGAUCGAGGCGGGGCUGGCUGGUCUGGAGAUUGGUGUUCUUGUCAACAACGUUGGUGUGUCCUACUCCUAUCCUGAGUACUACCUUAAUAUUCCUGAUCUGGACAAUUUCAUCACAAAUCUGAUCAACGUCAACAUGACCUCAGUGUGCCAGAUGACCCGUCUGGUGCUGCCCAGAAUGGUUGAGAGGUCCAAAGGCGUUAUCCUCAACAUCUCCUCUGCCAGUGGCAUGUACCCUGUCCCUCUGCUUACAGUCUAUUCUUCCACAAAGGCCUUUGUGGAUUUCUUCUCUCGUGGCCUUCAGGAAGAGUACAGGCGCCAGGGCAUCAUCAUUCAGAGUGUGCUGCCCUUCUUUGUGGCCACUAAAAUGACUCGUAUCAGGAAGCCCACCCUGGACAAGCCCACCCCAGAGCGCUAUGUUGCAGCUGAGCUCACCACUGUGGGUCUGCAAAGCCAGACCAAUGGCUAUUUCCCCCAUGCUGUCAUGGGUUGGGUGACUACCAAGAUGGUGCCAAGCAACCUCGUCAUCUUCCUGGGAGCUACAAUGAACCGUCUGCAACGUUCCGGAUACCUGCACCGGAGGAAGCUGCGGGAGCAGAAGAAUGGAGCAAAUUUGAAGAGUGAUUAGGAGAGCACAGACAAAUCUUCAUGCAGCCACUCGGUUCUGACCCAGUGCAGUGUUUAAGGUGUAAAAGAGAGAGUGUUUGUAUUUGUGUGAUUGAUCUUCCAGGGUUGCCUGAGAUUUCACCUUGUGCAUUCAGUAAAUGUGCCCAUCAAUGCAUGUGUAUGCCUUAGUGCUAAAUGGCAACCUCUGCUCUGAUGUGAUUGUAUGGAGAGAAACGGCUAAAGAAGGCAGGAGCUGAAAUGAUGACAAAAUGCUGCUCUUGGCAAAGGACAUUAGUACUUUGUCAGUAACACUGAUGGUGGAAAUAAUGCAGCCAAAAAAUGGGUGACUUGUCAACCCUGCUGUUGUAAGCAGUGGAGACUGGUGGUGGGCAUCUUUUUUAUACAUGUAUAAUUAUUUAUUUUAUAUUCCUAUGAACACAUGAGCCAAACUCAGACCUUUAGGCUAGCCGUUUACAAAUCUGAGCCAUUUAAAGAUGGCCAUCUCUGCUUCUUAUCAUGUCAUUUUACUUGCAUCGCUGAAUUGUUAUCAUGCAUUGGCUCUUUUUCUAUAAUAUCGCGUGUUUACAGUAUAUUUAAGAUAAUACCUUGUGGUGGGUUGCUGAUGCACCAGUGUAUCACUCGUUCUAAACCAAAGUUUUUUUGUAGUUAAACACAAGUGCCUUUCUGUUGACAUUAAUGCUGGAACGGGUCAGACUCAAUGAGAGGGUAUUGACUGGUUUAAAAUGUAUUAUUAGAUGAUGUAAUUCAAUUGGUGCUAUGUUCAUGUGAACUACACAGUUGCUCCACUUCCUGCCUCUUUUUUUUUUUUUAAUCAAAAUGUAAACCUUUCAUAGACGAAGGAAAACCUCUUAACCUCUGUGCAUUUAGUUCAUCCUGUGUGUUGUGAAAGGAUUUUACAGGGAUGGAGAUUAUUUUACAUCAGCUGUAGUUUCACAUUUACUUGGACUCGUUCACAUACUAGCAAGAGGAGAACUGCUCUUCUUCACACAGUUGUCAAUACCCCGUAUGACUUGGUCGGACCUGUGCCUCAACUGCUGCCUUGUGGAUGCUUUUCCUCUGUAGAGAAAUUAAAUUUAAAAAUGGAAUUUCUACAUGUGAAAUGCACUGUAUACAUGGAUUCUGCUGGAAACUUGUGUUUUAUACGGUUUGUUAAUAAAAGCUCUGGCAUACAGUA